GUGGCAGCAGAUGCUCCCACACACUGCACGCUGAAGGGGUUCCUAAAGUUGCAAAGGUACAUCUGAGAGCAACAGCUUGGCACUCCCUGAGUAAACAAAAUGGCGGGUCCAGAUCAAGGCGUUGCCGAUCCCUUCCGUGCCUUCAUCAAGAGUACCCGAAGGGUGGUGAUAAAGGUCGGGACCGCCGUCGUGACCCGCCCUGACGGCCGCCUCUCCCUCGGCCGCCUCGGCUCCCUCUGCGAGCAAGUCGAGGACCUCCUCUCGGACGGAAUCGAGGUCAUUCUAGUUAGCUCCGGUGCGGUCGGAGUGGGCCGCCAAAAGCUGCGUUACCAGAAGAUGAUUCACAGCACGCUUAAAGAGCUGCACCAGAUGAAGAAGCACGAGCCGGACACGAAAGCGUGCGCGGCGAUCGGGCAGAGCGGGCUGAUGGCGCUGUACGAUGCGCUUUUCGGGCAGUUGGACGUGGCGUGCAGUCAGCUCCUCGUCACCGACUCCGACUUCGGCCACGAGGACUUCCGGGACCGGCUGCGCGAAACCGUCACCGCUCUAGUUUCCAACAAGAUCGUGCCCGUCUUCAACGAGAACGACGCCAUCUCGACGCGGAAGGCGCCCUACAACGACGAGAGCGGCAUCUUCUGGGACAACGACAGUUUGGCGGCGCUGUUGGCGCGGGAACUCGGGGCCGAUCUUCUGGUGCUUCUGAGCGACGUUGACGGCCUGUACACCGGCCCUCCCAGCGACAAGUCGAGCGAGCUCAUUCACACCUACAUCCGGGAGCUGCACCACGAGCAAGUGACGUUUGGUGAGAAGUCCCGCGUCGGGCGUGGAGGGAUGACCGCGAAGAUCGACGCGGCGUGGCUGUCAGCGAAAUCAGGGGUUCCAGUCGUCAUCGCAAACGGGGGGGUGGCUGACGUGGUGUCCAAGGUCAUGAACGGCGACCACAUUGGUACGUUAAUACACCGCGACGCCGCCAAGUGGGACCACUCACACACAAAGGGGUCCGACAUCGGGAAGUCACGCGACGCAGCGGUGGCGGCCCGGACUGCCUCUCGAAAACUUCAGGCCCUGACGUCAGCGGAGCGCAGCCAAAUCUUGUUGGACGUUGCGGACGCUUUGGUGAAGAACGAGGAGCUGAUUCUCAAGGAGAACGGUUUGGACGUCCAGCAGGCGCAGGCGUCCGACACGCCCAACGCGCUCCUGCAACGGCUCAAGCUCAAGCCCGGCAAGAUCGCCCAACUAGCGGCGGGGAUCCGCUCCAUCGCCGCAAUGGACGAGCCCGUUUCUCAGCUCCAAAAGAAGAUGGAGCUAGCCGAAGGUCUGGUCCUCGAAAAGCGAACGGCAUCGCUAGGCGUGCUUUUGGUCAUCUUCGAGUCGCGCCCCGACGCCCUUCCUCAGAUCGCGUCGCUCGCGAUCCGGAGCGGGAACGGGCUGCUGCUGAAGGGAGGCAAGGAGGCUGCACGAUCAAACGCGAUUCUUCAUAAAAUCAUCACAGAGGCACUCCCACCUUCAGUUGGCCCGCACCUGAUCGGCCUGGUGACGUCACGGGAGGGCAUUGCAGACCUGCUUAAGUUGGAUGACGUCAUCGACCUCGUCAUCCCCCGCGGCGGCAACGCCCUGGUGACGCACAUCAAGGAGAACACCAAGAUCGCGGUGCUGGGACACGCGGACGGGGUGUGCCACGUGUACGUCGACAAGGCUGCUGACGUGGACAUGGCGAAGAAGGUGGUGGUCGACGCGAAGAUCGAUUACCCGGCCGCGUGCAACGCGAUGGAGACGCUGCUUGUGCACGAGGAUCUGGCGAAGGGAAAGGAAUUCAAUCAAAUUUUGGAUGCGCUUAAGAUCGCAGGCGUCACCCUCAAGGGCGGCAAGCGCGCUGCGGCGUUGCUGAACCUCGACGAGUCUAAGGACUUCCACGUGGAGUACGGGGAUGACACAUGUACGGUGGAGAUUGUGCGGGACAUCCAGGAGGCAAUUGACCACAUACACGCCCACGGGAGCUCGCAUACGGAAGCAAUCAUUACGGAAGACCAAAAGGCUGCGGACCUGUUUUUGCGGAGCGUGGACAGCGCGUGCGUGCAUCUCAACGCGAGCACACGUUUCUCGGACGGGUUUAGAUAUGGGUUAGGGGCGGAGGUCGGCAUCAGCACAAGCCGGAUACACGCGCGCGGGCCCGUCGGCGUCGAGGGGCUGCUCACGAGCCGGUGGCUUCUCCGGGGGAAGGGCCACGUGGUCGCUAAAGACAAGGACAUUAAGUACACGCAUAAGAGCCUGCCACUAGUGGGCGACGCAUCGGGCGAGCGGUCCGCCAACGGGAUGACGACAGCGAAUGGGGUCGCGUGAGCUGAUGUUAAGGUCAUUUGAUACACGUAAAACACCUUGGCUUUAGUGCGAGAGGGGUUGGGAAAGUGUUCCCCAAACGGGAUAGCGAUCGACAGCGAACAGGGUAGGUUGACCGUCUUCUGAUGGGUAGCUAGGGGCAGUGCUAGCCGAGACAAGGGCACUUUGGGCGUAUAGAUUGAAGGCCACUGGAAGUCGAGCCCAGGUAGAGUUCCCGCUAUAUAGGAAACAGACGGACGGGGGGGGUAAAUUGGCAGGUUGAGUCUAGGAACAGGGAACCUGAGCGAACCUUUGGGCGGCUGUUGGUGCUUCUGACGUACGGCCGGUCACUCAGAAAGCAGUAUUGGCUGGGAUAAUUCGAUCCAAUCAUUGGUAUGGCAUUAU